CUUUCAUGUGGAAUUUGCAAACAACAUUGCUUUUUCAUAAACGGCUGGGUGUCUCUGGGCUAAGUGUACCGCAUCCCAAACUUCUCUAAAAUUAGGAACCUCCGUAACCCUAACAAAAGCCAGCAGAAGUAGAGAUAGACUUUAUUGGAAGAAAUGGAGGAUAAGAAGAGCCAUCGAAAGGAACACCGUCACCACCACAGAUCUUCCAAACAUCGCCACCAUGAAUAUGACGAUGAUGAUGACGAUUACCGCCGAUCAAGGAGAGAGAAAUCCUCUGAAGAUGAUCGCGAUUCCAAACGAGAUCGUGAGAGAGAAGGAAGUCGUGAUAGGGAUAGAAAGAAGAGGAAAGAUAGGGAAGAAGAAAGUGAGGAUAUGAUUAAUGAUGAUAAAAGGAUUAGGGUUCAUGAUGAUAAGGAUGAUGACAGGAGGUAUAGGAGUAAGGAUAAAGAUGCUGAAAAUGGUGUUGCUAGGGUUAAGGAUGAAUCAGUUGAUAAGGUGAAGAAAGAAAGUGUUGAGUCUAGUAAUGGUAGUAGGAAGAGAGAGAGGAGAAGGUUUGAGGAUGGCGGUGCUACUGUUGAGAAUUCGACUACAAAGAGUGGUUCCAUUCUAAAUGAUGGGCAUGUGGAAUCUCUCAACAUGUCAUCGACACUUGCUUCUGAAACCAAACAUGGAAAUAACCAUACUUCCACCAAGGUAUCUUCGAUUUCUACCACCAAUGAAAAUAAGGGAGUUAAUAUUACCAGAUCUCAUGCGGUUACUGGAAAAUCUAGUACAGAUGGGACACAUUCAAUUGCUGGCAAGAGUGGAAAUCUAUCUCUUGAUGCUUUAGCAAAAGCAAAGAAAGCUUUACAGAUGCAGAAGGAACUGGCUGAAAAGUUGAAGAAGAUUCCUUUGUUGAACAAAGGAACUGGUUUAAACAGUACUGUCUCACAACUGGGCUCAAAAGAAGGAAAUAAAGCACCCAAUGCUGCUGGGGUUCUACCGACACCAUAUACAACUGCUGGAGUUAUGGCAAGUACAUCUACCUUCCCUGCAGCAGCCACUGCUUCUGGUAAUCCAAUUGGUGCAAUAGAUCCUGCAAAAUAUGAGGCCGUAAAGCGUGCACAAGAACUUGCCGCCAAAAUGGGGUUCCGCCAGGAUGCAGAAUUUGCUCCCUUAAUUAACCUUUUCCCCGGUCAGAUGCUACCAGAUGUUGCAGCACUUCAAAAGCCUGCUAAGGCUCCAGUGCUUCGCUUGGAUGCUCUUGGUAGGGAAAUUGAUGAGCAUGGAAAUGUUAUCAAUGUGUCUAAACCAAGCAAUCUAAGCACCCUAAAGGUGAAUAUAAACAAACAAAAAAAAGACGCAUUCCAGAUUCAAAAGCCAGAAUUGGAAGUUGAUCCUGAGAAGAAUCCUCAUUUUGAUCCAAGGAUGGGUAUUGACAAAAACAAACUUCUUAGGCCAAAGAGAAUGACUUUCCAGUUCGUUGAGGAAGGAAAAUGGUCAAGAGACGCAGAAAGUAUCAAAUUGAAGAGUCAAUUUGGAGAAGCCCAAGCCAAGGAGCUCAAGGCUAAGCAGGCACAACUGGCUAAGGCAAAGGCCGAACCAAACAUAAAUCCAAAUUUGAUCGAGGUGUCAGAAAGAGUUAUCACUAAAGAGAAGCCAAAGGAGCCCAUUCCUGAAGUUGAAUGGUGGGAUGUACCUCUUCUGCGUUCCGGUGACUAUGCUGAUAUUGCUAGUGGUGGCACAUUUGAAGAGAAAGUGAAAAUGGAGAAGAUCACAAUCUAUGUUGAACAUCCUCGUCCAAUUGAGCCUCCUGCGGAGCCUGCCCCACCAAAACCACAGCCAUUGAAACUUACAAAAAAGGAACAGAAGAAACUUCGUACACAGAGACGCUUGGCUAAGGAGAAGGAUAGGCAGGAGAUGAUUAAGCAAGGUUUGAUUGAACCCCCCAAACCUAAAGUAAAAAUGAGUAACCUCAUGAGAGUUUUGGGCUCUGAAGCAACCCAAGACCCAACAAAAUUGGAAAUGGAGAUUCGAGCUGCAGCAGCUGAGCGUGAGCAGGCCCAUGUGGACAGGAACAUUGCUCGAAAGCUAACACCUGCUGAGCGACGUGAAAAGAAAGAGAGGAAGUUGUUUGAAGAUCUAAAUACCUUGGAGACUAUUGUUUCAGUUUACAAGAUCAAUGACCUUUCACACAAACAAAAUCGGUUUAAAGUUGACAUCAACGCACAGGAGAAUCGUUUGACUGGUUGUGCAGUAAUAUCUGAGGGCUUUAGUGUUGUGGUCGUUGAGGGUGGAGUCAAAUCCAUCAAGAGAUAUGGGAAGCUUAUGCUUCGACGGAUUAAUUGGGCCGCUAAAAUGGAAAAGGAGGAUGAGGAAGAAGAUGAAGAUGAAGAAGAGAAACCAGCAAACAAAUGUGUAUUGGUGUGGCAAGGGAGUGUAGCAAAACCUUCUUUUCACCGGUUUUCAGUCCAUGAUUGUCGAACUGAGGCUGCUGCUCGCAAAGUGUUUAUUGAUAAAGGUGUUGGCCAUUACUGGGAUUUGGCAGCAAACUUUGUGGAUGAUGAGAUAUGAAGGCCUUCUUAGUCUUACUUUUACUAUUCAUUUGAGGGUGGUAAUUUCAUUAUGUGCUGUGUUUUUGUACCUGCUAUCGAACUAGUAGAAUACAGUGCUUUCUGCAGAUAUAAAAUGUGAUCUUGUGGUCUUUGUAAGCCCUUUUUUUUGGAAACAUGUUUAUUGAUGGAGAUAUUAGGUGCAUAUCAUCAAGUGAUCUCCCUACCUAUUAAAACUAUGGCUCUCUCUGGUCUUCAUCCAGAUGAGUGUUAUUACAAUGGAAAGAUUUCAACGUUUUUUUGGUGCCAAUUACUGAGCUGUAUAUUGUGGUUAUCUGUAACUUGUACACAAGCAGGUACUUAAUGCUUUGCAUUACCCUGCAGAAAGUUUUUAACUUGGAGGACUUAUUUUGAUGAUUA